UGACUCACAGGUACUGCAGGUUAGACAACACGACUAGCUAUUUCAGCAGCCUGUAAUAUAAUAGUUGCCAUUUACUGGGCCUGCUGAGAAGUUGUAUUUUUACUUUUGUGCAUGAAGGCUGGAUACUGUGCGGUACUUAACUAAAGGUAACUUGUAGUGCAAAGGCACAGUGCUACAUGGAAACCAUAGAAAGCAUCGCGGCAAAUACUGCUCUUGUUAGAGCCAGAGAAGGUGGAGGAAGGAGCUGGAAAUGGAAAGAAAUGCUUCGCUUUCCCCACAUUAGCCAGUGCAAAGACCUGGCCAUGAACAUAGAACGAGACUACUAUAGUCUAUGUGUGAAGCAGCCUAUUGGCAAGAAACUGUUUCAGCUCUUCUGUCAGAGUCAGCCUGAUCUCCAGAACUACAUUUCCCUCCAAGAUGCUUUGGACAACUUUGACAUUCAGUCAGAUGACAAAAGGAAAGAGUCUGGGAACAGGAUCAUCCAGAGAUUCCUCAUGAAGCAGUCCAGUGAGUGUGUGUCCAUCCUACUGAUGCAUGAAAGAAGCUGCAAACAGAGUCUGGAGCUCAAUCCCUGUGGUGAUGUCUUUCAUGGCUGCAGGGAAGACCUACAUAAAUACCUCAGCAACGAGCCCUUCACCCAGUACCAGGACAGCAUGUUCUUUGCCCGCUUUCUACAAUGGAAACAGUUGGAGAGGCAGCCUAUCAUGAAGCAAACAUUUCGACAGUACAGACUACUGGGGAAAGGAGGGUUUGGAGCGGUGUGGGCCUGUCAGGUGAGAGCCACAGGCAAGAUGUAUGCCUGCAAAAAGCUGGAAAAAACCCAUGUAAAGAAGAGGAAAAGAGAGGACAUGGCUCUCAAUGAGAAAGAGAUACUACAGGAACUGGACAGUCGCUUUGUGGUGAAUCUGGCAUAUGCUUAUGAGACCAAGCACAAUCUCUGUAUGGUUUUGACCAUGAUGAACGGCGGUGACCUAGGGUUUCACAUACAUCGCAUGGGGUCACCUGGUCUGACCAAAGACAGGGUACGUUUCUACGCUGCAGAAGUCUGCUGUGGUUUAAUUCACCUCCACCAGAAGUCAAUAUUAUACAGAGAUUUGAAGCCAGAGAACAUUCUCUUGGAUGACAAUGGACACAUCCGCAUCUCUGACCUGGGUUUGGCUGUGAAGAUGUCUGAGGGGAGUCUAGUACGAGGCAGGGUGGGCACACUGGGCUAUAUGGCUCCUGAGGUGAUCGGCUAUGAGCGUUAUGGAAUGAGUGUGGACUGGUGGGGCCUCGGGUGUCUGAUUUAUGAAAUGACUGCAGGUCGGCCCCCUUUCAGGGCCAAAGGAGAACAGCCUAAAUCCUCAGAAAUGGAGAGAAGGAUUCAGAAUGAACAUGAAGAAUAUGGCAACCAGUUCAGCAAGGAGACAAAAGACAUCUGCUCCUCACUGCUGACCAAGGACCCCACAAAGAGGCUGGGCUCCCAGACGUCUGGGGGAAAAGAUGUAAAAUUUCAUCCUUUCUUCCAAGAGAUCAACUUUCGGAUGCUGGAGGCAGGACGCGUUGACCCUCCAUUUAAACCUGAUCCCAGUCAGGUGUACUGCACUGAUGUACAGGACAUAGAAGAAUUUUCUACAGUGAAAGGAGUCCAUUUUGACCAGACUGACAGCUUCUUCUACUCCCAGUUCAACACAGGAAGCAAUUCCAUAAUUUGGCAAAAUGAGCUAAUAGAAACGGGAUGUUUUGAAGAACUGAAUGUUUUUGGCCCUAAGGGAUCUGCAUCUCCAGAUCUCGACUGGUCCCAGGCCCCAGAGAGCCCCAAACGCAGCCUGCUGCGCCGAAUCUUUCGCAAAAACCAUCAUUCAGAUUCUGACGGAAGCAGAGAGAACCUGUUGUCCAGUGAGGGCUACAGCUCAUCAGGAAUACAUAACUCUGCCCUGAAUCCCAGGAAAGUCUACAACAAAGACACCAAAAAACAACAAGUCAUUGUAGCAAAGGGUUCUUCCCUUUAAAUCGCAGCACAGCAGGCAUUUAUUUUGUGUUUUCAUUGUCUUCCUUACACCUAAUCUGUAUUAGCAUUUUCUGCUUCUCUCAGGUAAAACAAAUGAAUAAUUUUACACCAUCCCAACUUUUUAAAAAGUACUUGAAUUUUUAAACAAGUGUACUAGUAUAUAUAGUAUAUAGUACUAGUAUUUUUUUUAACAAUUCCAAUAUAAUAAAUGUCAUCUUAAUAAUAAAUUAUGUGGAAUUAUCUGGAUUAAAUGGGUCACCUGGACGUCCAGACGUGUUCAGACCUUUUGGGAUUUCUUUACCUGGAUGGAGCAUGCAUCAAGACAUUAACUUCUAAUAAUUUUUAAAUUAAAAAAGCAAGCUUGAACCAGAUAUUUGACAUAAACAUAAAAACUCAAAGCCAAGUCAGCAGUUAAGCAAGGUUCCUGGUAAAAGUAAAGAGGCAAGGGGGACCUAGUGUUAUCUCAGGUAUCUUUCAGGGACACAAAUGAAGAUUUAGGUUGGGAAAAAUUGUCAGCCAUCCAACUUUUAAUAGAGUCUAAGCAUCUAUUUGGAUGCCUUUAGAAAAAUCUUGGAGCUUAAAAGAGAUAUUUAAUUAGAUGUCAUGUUCAGCACAAUUUGAGCACCUUUAAGGGCAUGCCUUAUCUCUGCUAAGAAGAGGGGAAGAUAUAACAGAAACAAUAAAGGCUCCAAAAUAGAAAGGCCAACUAACUAGGUAGCACUUUUCACAGAGUAAUGCCCAACGUAUCCAAGCACGGACGUGUGAGAAAAACUCCUCCGCAGGGGAAAUGGUCUGAGCAUAGUUAACCAGAAACGCUUGCUUGCUAACCAGGCCUCGCUUCCACAACAGGCUGAGCUUCACAUGGACGCCUACUCUAUUCUGUUCUACUCUACAGUGGGAGUGGGACGAACUGCAGCCGUCCGCAUCAAAGCCAAAUACUAGGGCUAUCAUUGUGGAAGUUUACUAGCUGCCACUUUGCUCUCUCUUGAUGUUUUUUUUCUUCCAAAUCGCACAAUUAGCUACAGGCAGCACUAAGUGUUUGGUUAGCUUAGACAACUAUGCUCAGCUUAAACUAGUUUGGCAAUGGAUUAUGGACACACAACCAGGCGAGUUACUGGUUGCAUGAAGCAGCAGGGGAACUGUAGCUAAACUGAGCAGCACCCAGAGCUUGGAGAACCAAUCUGAGCAAAGAAUGAAUGACAUCUGUGGGAGCGCAGCAAAAUCAAAUGGGUUUUAGGCCUGAAGAGUAGAGGUGGUGAAAGCUGCACACUGAAACAGAGCAGUGUGGCCAGUGAAUGAGAAAGAGGCUGCAGGCGACUGUGGACAACUUUAACUUUUUUUGCUUUUACAAUAAUUUUUAAAAUGUUUAUUUUGAUGUGGCCAGUUUUAAAAUGCAGGCAGUGACUUUUGAUAAAGUACAUUUGUAACUUUUCCACAAAGCUCUUCUUUUACAAUAAAUAAAUUGUUCAGAUGAUAGGUAUUAUACUGGCUUUUUGUACCCUGUGUGAUAAUAGGUUCUAAAAUAUAUUUCACCUUCACUCUCUGUAAUGCAAUAUUUUUUUUUGUAAAACUUUAUAAAAGCUAUAAAUUUAAUCUUAAAUCUGACUUCUAAUUUGGGAAAAAUACCUUUUUCAAGAUCUUCCCAGUGGUAUUGAACAUUUUCCUUGGUAGUGGGUGAAUGAUGGUGUUCAUUACAGCUCAUUCAGACACAGUAUAGGAGAGAAACUGUGUAUAAAUUAGUCUUUGUACAUCA